AAACUGUCAAAGUCUGCACACCCUGAGAGCAGGGACGGGGCCGUUCCCACCAUGACCCGGCUGCCGCGGGUGAACCUGUGCCCGCUGGAGCCCCCCACCCGCCGGCCCCCGCUGCAGGGCGCAGGACAGAGCACCCGGCUCCCUGCAAACCGCCGUCGCGGGCUCCCCUCGUCCCGCGGACCCCCCGGCAGCGGGGAGGCGGAGGAAAAGGGGGGGGUUUCCGCGGGAGGCGCCGCCGGAUCGAGCCCUUCGCGGCCGCGGCGACAGGUGCGGCGGCCCCCGGCUAAAAGCAGCAACCGCGCCAGGCACGACCUGCCGCGCUACCGGCGGGACACGGGGCCGCGGCGGCGGGCAGGGGCAGGGGCCCAUAAAAGUCAUGGGGCGGCGGGGCGGCGGCGGCGGGCGCCAUGAAGGGCGGCGGGGGGGCGGCGGAGCAGGCGCGGGCAGCGGGCGGCGGGCGGCGGCGGCGGGCGCGGGGAGGCGGCGGGCGGCGGGCGGCGGCCAACGCGCGGGAGCGGGACCGCACGCACAGCGUUAACACGGCCUUCGGCGCCCUCCGCCGGCUCAUCCCCACCCGGCCCGCCGACCGCCGGCUCUCCAAGGUGGAGACGCUGCGCCUGGCGUCCAGCUACAUCUCGCACCUGGCCAACGUGCUGCUGCUGCAGCGGCGCCAGGCCGAGGGCACGGCCACCGCACAGCCCUGCCCGCAGCCCUGCUCGGAAUCCUGCUCGGACCCCUGCCCGCAGCCCCCAGCAUCCAGUGCCGCCACGCCGAGGCCCAUCUGCACCUUCUGCCUCAGCGAGCAGCGGAAGCGGCACCGAGAAGGAGAGAAACCGCUGUCUGGUCCAGCUUUAAGUGGACACUAAAUCGGCCAAGAAGCUCGCGCCAGCCUUGUACGGACGGUACAACUGCUCUGGGUAACAUCGCUGCACUCAUGCUAUACAUUUACACUUAAAUAACACAGUCCUAAAAAAGUUGCUUUUGAAGCCUAUGUGCUUUGUUUCGCUUUGCGACAGGUUUAUUCAGGGUAUUUUGCAAAUGAAAUCAAACGCUGUUGAGACACUUGCACCUGGUGCGGCAGCUAUUUUAGUGCGAGAAACGUUAAACCUCAGCAGCCAAGCCCUGAGCCUGAUGUCUCCUAAACCUAUCUCACAUGAUGAAACUUGAACUUGCAAAUGCACAGUGUCCCCUGUCAGGAGAAGCUGUCACGAACAUGUCGUGCCGUACGCCUUCAGCCCGGCUGGGCUGCACGCAGUGCGGCCGCCCACUCCUCCAGCUGUAUGCUUAGUCCCGGCCUGCGGGGCUGAGACCAACAGCUGACAUGCUCGGGCGGUUUGAUCGAUGCUGGAGGAUUAUUUUAAGGUGUUCACAGAAAGUCAGGAAACUUCCAGAGAAAGCACCACCAUUUGCUGUGCACAUAGGCACGGGACGUAGCCAGGACAGGAGAGGGAAGCAGACAAGUGCUGCGUAAUCGACGCUCUCUUCUUAUUAAUGGUGAAAGUCGUGCCAGUCCUCUAAAUAGAAUCAUAGAAUCAUUUCAGUUGGAAGAAACCCUCAAGAUCAUCAAGUCCAACCAUAACCUAACUCUAGCACUAAACCAUGUCUCUAACAACCUCCUCUAAACACCUUUUGAACCCCUCCAGAGAUGGUGACUCCACCACUGCCCUGGGCAGCCUGUUCCAAAGGCUGACAACCCUUUCCAUGAAGAAUUUUUUCCUAAUAUCCAACCUAAACCUCCCUUGGCACAACUUGAGGCCAUAGCGUGGGUUGUUUCUAAAUCUGGCAAGCACAAGGUAGGGAGGGUUUCCCAAGGGCUCUCUGCAUUUCCCCGUCACCCAGGUCAUUCCCAAGUUGUGCCUGUACAUCACCGAUGACAUUUAUCUCCCUCAGUUUAUUAACUUGUAUACGUUUUAUUUUUUAGAAGUCUAAAAAGCAAAUGCGCAUUUUACGUUUCCAGUUUUGGACGUCAGCAAAGCAGCAGGCUAAAAUCUUAAACCCCACUAACAGUGGAUUUAAAAAAAACCAUAUAGAUAGUUCAAUUUUGCAAUGGUUUUAUAGUUAUUUAUAAUAUAUUUAAUUUGGCCUUAAUUAAUCUUAACUUAUUACUUCGGGAGGCUCUCUGUAUUCUUUACGAGCUUGGUAACGUUACCGCUCUGAGGAGCUCUCCAAGGAAUCCUGUCUGUGUUUGUCUCCCCGAUGCCAUCUGCUCGCUGCUCCCGCCAGCCCCGCUGCUCCCGCCAGCUGGGCGGACUGAAGAAGCAGCGCCGCGUUGCUCACUUUGCUUUCUGCCCAGAAUUUUCUCAUCUUCCCCCAAGUGCAAAGCAAAUCCUGGCGUUUAUUAUGAAGAACGUAGCGAGAACAAGAUCUUGGUGUGUUGCUCAUGCAACUUCACAUUGUUUACUUUUCCCUCUCCCCUCCCCAACGUGCACUGAGCGACUUUCCUUUAUCAUGAGGAAAAAAUCUGUUGUACCUCCAGAACCUGCUGUAAAUUUCUCCUUUACAUCCUAAUCAAGAAACGCACCGAAGCAAAGUUGCAGCAGUUCCACAUCACGUCGGUCUACCCACUUAUUAAAAUCUACAUGCUGUGUUUUCCUGGAUUGAGAAGAUGCUUUUAAAAGGUUUCUAUCAUUAUUUUAUUUACUAAGGAACUUUAAAUGGCUGCCAGAUGAUGAUCUUUGUUUUGCUUUGGCAUUGAUUGCUGAAGCUGGAACUCUUUCAUGUUUAUACAGAGUGAGUUUUAAUUUAUCUAUUGUUUCAGCAUGGGUGUGGGGUAUAGAUUUCCACAAACAUCUCUUCCUGUUUGGUUUUAUAUUUGAAAAAGUUUGUCUUUUAAAAAAUUAUUUACUUUAUAAUUAAAGCUGAUCUUACACUUAAGCUCUAUAUUCUUAGGAACACAUUAAACCAAAGCACCUGACUUGCUUUACGGACAGUUAGUACUAAUUUACUCAUUUAGCUGUAUCAUUCAGUAUGAUACCCUAAAAUGACAAAAAAUAAUGCAGUUUUAAACAAUUUUAGCAAAAUUUUGCGAUUCAUAAGUCAAUAAGAUUAAUUAUUUCGGGUUUUAGAAGUGUGAUGACGUUAUUGCAGUUUUAAGAGUGGUUCUUGGCAAACGCAGCUUAUUUGGAUUUAAUAGGAUUAUCUCUAUACUUAGUUAUUAAAGGAAAUGAGCGUAAAAAUUGAGGUCCACUUGAAAGUCCACAUGAAAGCUCAUGACUUGAAACUCGUGAAUAAUCUGCUCAACUCUACAGGAAUUCGGUGUUCUCGCUAUAAAUGGGAUUUUAUCCCCUUGGUUUUGUAUAGCAUUUCUACAAAAUGCUUGUCGAUGACAAAAGCAGGAACAGGCUGUUAUGACUUGGCCGUAUCUCCUGUUGCAUGUGGCUCAGUGUAGCCUUAAAUUCUGCUCUCUUUACUCAGGAGAAACUGUUGGAUUCAACUGGGCUUGAAGAUUUCAGUAUAAUGCUUAGGGUUUCAAUUACUAAAUAACAUUGGAAUUCCAGUAACACUGAUUGAUCAUGGCAGAAAUUAGGCCCCAGAGCACUGUGGCCCAAAUAUUCAUGGUAUAGACAGGUAAUAUCUAUCCAAAACAAUGAUGAGUGAGUUCUCCAAGGAACUGACUUCAAGCCUGUGUUUAUACAUAUGUAACACUCUGUAUUUAAAUGGGGACAGAUACUUAACUUUGCUUAAGUCUAUUUAUAAUUUAAAAUUUCUCUACCCUCAGGAGCGAAAAUAAAAGCUACAGGACUGAGCUGUUGCUGUGUCCUGAGUUUUCUAGACACCUAGGGAAAAACAAUUUAAUUUCUAGAGACACAGAUGAAUUGAGUGCUCAGAUUUCACAUCUAAAGAGCUCACUCAUCAUUGGGUGUUUUAUCAAAUUUUUACUGUGUGAGUUUAUGUGUCUUAUCAGCUCUAUUUUUUUAAUCACUGAUGGAGAGGCAUUGUUUGUGGCAUGCACGGAUCCAUAUUUAUAAGCCAAAUUUUUGGAACUCAGCUGUCUAAAAGCAAGUACCGUGUUUGACGGCCAGGCACUGCGAUGAUGUGAGUUUUCCCCCUCUUGUUCUGCCGAAGACAUUGUUUUUUCCACAUAUUUGUAAGUUCAUUCUGGAUGUAUGAACAGAGACAUGCCUAACGCCAAUCCCAUCUUUGUUUUCCUGUAUACGCUUGGCUAUUCAAUUUACAUGAUGCAUGAAUAAAGCAGAAAUGGUGAGAUAUACACCAGGUGAUCUUAGAUCCUAUUAAAUGAUUGUUCAAGUAUUCCAAGCACAGUACUUUGUAUAAAUCAUUGUACUUAGCCUGGUACAUCACAGCAUAAAACCAGCAUCAAGCAAAAUGAAUAGAUCAUGUUGCUGAUUUUACUGGCUAAGUUUAAAGAAGUAUUUGAACAUAUUACUUGGUUGUUUAUGGAUUAAUUAUAAUGUAAAUCAAAGUAGUUACAUGUUAGCUACUAUUUUCAGUUCUGUUCUACAAAAUGGAAGUUUCCUUUCUAAUACUUUCUUGGAUAUGUGCUUAUUUACAAAAAUCUGUAUUUGUUUGCAAAAUAUGCUUAUAUUUGCUGAAAUAAACAGUAUUUUUGUUACUAAAUUAAACAAUAAGUGAUGAAAACUAUGGCGUUAGUUCUAUAGCCAUCUCAGUUAAGAUAUAAGUAUUUAAGCUUUUUCUUUCACUUUUUCAAACCUAUCUAUACAAGAUUUCAGCAGCAUAUAUAUAUGUAUGUAUGUCCAUAGCAUAUGUAUGUACAUACAUACUACAUGGCACUAAAGAUGCAUCCUAGGUGCUUUCAUGAAAUUGUAGGGCGUAACGUUUCCCCAUAAGCAGUUUUCUUUGGAUGUUACGUGUUUGUGACCAGGAUUCGUGGUUCCUAAGGCAGCAAACAGAGCAUCAGUGCAAGAGGACAAGCUUCUCAGUCAACUGAUUGCAUUAAACCUCUGCCAAAUUUACCCUUUGAAAAAAACCUUCUACUCACCAAAAUGAUUCUCUUUGGCCCUCUCUGAAAGGCAAAUCUUAAAUCUUUACUUCCCAUACUUAAUCUUGCAUCAUCACAUACUCCCCCCUUAUAUAUAUUCUAUAUGAGACUGUAUAAGCCAUUUCACAGAAACCAUAGGAAGUCAACCAUAAAUUAGAGUCCGCUGAAAAUUUCAGACGCAAAAGUCUUUGAUGCCGCUGAUUACCAGAUUCUUUCAUAACAGACCUUCGACUUCCUUCCACUAAAAAAGCUGUUUUCUGUGUUCUGGCCUGUUGCACAGUGAGACACCAGACACUAUGUUGAGAGAAUCUCUCAAAUAUAUAGAACCUAGGACAGCUGUCUAAAUACCACUUUUCGAAAGGGAGUAGUAAUGUCCUGAUUGAUAGUAAGAACUAGUAGAUAAUAUAAGGCUAAGAGAAAGGAUUUGUAUAAAAUAGACUGUAUGCUGCCAAGACAAAAGAUCUGGGGGGGUAUAUUAUACCAGGAAUCCUUUGAAGGUUGAAAAAAAAGUGGUUGUAAAGAAUCAACAUGGGGCUUGUGGGGAAGGAAGGGAGAAUUAUUACUGGGCUAAAAAAUACUGUAGAAUUUUGUGAAAGCUAAGAAAAGAACAUUACUUAAUAGUGAGAAGAACCGAACAGACUGCUCUGAACAUCUUUCUUCAAAAACCAUUUCAAAAUUUGGAUAUAGAUUCAUAGCCAGGCAGCUCAGUGUCUUAUUUCACCUGAAAUCCUGUAGCUAUUGCAACAUAAUACAGAGUUUCAGAAAGCUUGAAGAUUCAUCCCACUUUUGAAGCUGUACAGAAAUGAAUACAGGCUUCCUCAGGAGAGGAGGAGGAGGAAGAGAGGACAAUGAUGAAGAGUAACCGGGAGCCCACGGAGGAGGAGAUUCUCUGUGCUGCCAAGAGAAAUCCUGGUUAAAGUCCAGGUCAGCACUUACCCCUACAAAUGCUCUAAUCAUUGUAACGCUCCCUCAUUCUCUGGCCAGGAGUGCGUACAAAGAGUAUUUGGUGUCUAUUUGGGACUCCCAAGGAGCCUCUGGUUACAGGUAUCUGGAUGUUCAGCUCUGCAAGGACUGUGCUGCAACUGACCUGAGAUGGGCAACCAAAGAGAGUUUUGUUGCUCUUUUAAUGGAUAUUUAGAUAUUUAUCAUAAUUUAGGCAACUGGGAAAGGUCCUCCUGAACUGCUGUGCUACAAUCAGGCACCUAAAUUAUGGCUAAUAGAAAAUCAGGGUGUACGUAUGCGUCCAUUUUCCCCAGCAGAAGGCAAAUUUUGGGCAGUCCUUCCUCCAGCUUCUGUUUCCUGACCCCCCAGCUGGGUCACUGGAACUUUUUGUGGAACCCUCUGAAGCCAGAUGAGGUAAAGCAUUUAUGUUAAAAUUAAAAGAAAGAAAUAAGCCACACACAACAACAAAACAAAUGCAUAAAACACCCCCAAACUCCCAAAGAAAUUGAGCUCGUGCAAGGAUUUGACAUCCCGAUACAAGUGAACUAUGAUGCACCAAAGAAAGUGUCCACUGUUAGUGUAACAAAACACUUAAGAUACCAGUUGCUUUAGAAAGGCCUUAUCUUCUCUCAUUCAUUUACUAUGUUCACAUCACAGUAGUGUUGUGAGGUUUUAAUUAAAGAUUUGGAAAUUGCUAUGGGUUCUUUCAAAGGAAAAGCCAAUAUAAAUAAGACAAUUACACUGAAAUGGGUGAUGAAAUAAGUAAGUGAUAAAAAUAAUCCUACUUGUUAUGGCAUCUCUGUCUAACAUCUGAUUGUCUUUCCUUCACAUUGUUAAAGGAAACCCUAUUUUCCAAGCAUAUGUAUGCAGAUCAUUUUUAAAUGCGAAGAUUACAGAAAAAGGUAAUUCUUUGAGAAGAGAAUAGUACUUGGCAGAAAGGGGAGGCAUCUGUCAGGUCCUGAUAAGAUCAGACAGCCGCGCUUUAGCCUGAAAGCGUGUCGUGAAGCGAAGUUUUCCUAGGGAAAUAACAUCUUUGCUAUGAAAAGGAGCAAAAUGUAAUGAAUUCUCCAAAUAAACAGAGAAAAUGGGAACUCUCAGAGCUCAUUUUUAUCUAAAAUACCAGCCCUAUAUCAGGGGAAAAAAAGAGGAUGAGAGGAGGAUAACGUCUUACCAAACAGUGAAAAAUAAGGUGUGGGAGGGUCAUCUCUCUUUAUAUUCUCAAUCAAAUUAAUCCUUUAGAUGAUAAUCAAAGGUAAGGGGAGACUUCAGCAGCAAUAGUCACUGCAGAGAUAGUACAAGGGCUGGGACACCCAGGACAGGCUACAGGAAGAAGGGUGGUUAAAAUGGAGAUGAGGAAGAAAACUGGGUAGAAAUCAAGGAGAGGAACACAGUGAAAGGAUAAGCAGCAAUAAUGACAAGUUGCAAUGAGGUUGUUCCCUUUUUCUUUUUUUAUGCUUAAGGAAAGAUGUUUCUGACUAUGGUUGAGCACUGGGACAGGUUGUCUGGGGAGGCUGUGGAAACCUUCUCCUUGGAGAGCUUCAGAGCUUCAUGGUGCAAGGCCCUGAGCAGUCUGGUGGAACUCUGAAGUUCAGCCUGGCUUUGAAAGUGGAAAAUGCAUUGAAUAACUCAAGAGGUCCUCCUCAAUCUUAUUUUUCAUAUGAUUCUAUGAAAUGAUGAGCUUGUGGUUCCCUGGAAAGGAAGGCUGUAGAAGAGAAUAAUAAGAAAAAAUCUUGAAAAACGCAAUAGAAAAUGGAAACAAAAUGUAUACUUCUGGACAGUGCCAGGAUCUAUUAUUCUGAAUGAAAAUGAGGGGCAUCCAGGUCUGAUUAUCAAUGGAAGAGCGAAAAAAAAGGAGGAACUGAACAUGCCUAUAAAGGGGAUUGCCAAAAACAGAAUCAGUCAGAGACAGGGCUCUAUUUCUAUAAGAAGGACCUGCCAGGUUUAUUCUGGGCUUGAAUUAGUAGAAAGGCUUUUAUGAUUUGUUUGAAUGAUGGACUAAGAUUUAAAUUUACAGGUGAUAGCUUUGGAGGGUAGGACUAGAAUUAGAGAUGAACUUGAAAAGAAAAAUAAAAGGAGAAUCAUUCUUUAAAAAACGCGUUUCAAUAUAGAAAUAUACAUAGUGCUACACAUGGAGAGGAAUUAUCUACUACACAAAAAAAUAUGGAGAAUGAUAAGCAGAAAAUGAUUUUUGAUGUGUUGCGUAUCACUAACAUGACAAGCCUUUGCAAGAAAAGUAAACCUCACACAGAAUGCAUAUUCCAUCCAGCCCCCUUUCGGCACUAUUUUCACUGUUUAUCAGAACUUCCCCGAGUUCUAUCUGAAAUGUCUAGUUGGGUGCAAAAUCUGUUAAAAAUUGUAACUUUAAAGAAUAGUAUGUGUAGAGAAAUACAGAGUCUUAACUACUGUGCCUGUGCAAAUGAAAUGAUGGAGGGAGACUUGAGAUUGUGAAUGCCGGGCUAGUGAACAGUACCACAGGAUAUUUGUAUCUUAUUAACUAAAAAAGGUUUACCAAGGAUACCUGCAGUGGUAUAGAAAGAAGUUAUGAGACUCUGAAAUUUUGAAGGGUAACAUUUAAAGAACACAUGGUGCUGCCAGUGACUGGAGCCUGAGCGUAUGCUAAAUACAUGGAUGUACAGUAAUCAGCGUGUCAGAAGUGCAUAACAGAAAUUAGAACGUGAUAGGAGGUAUAACAAACUGAGCCAAGAUACCUGCAUAGGAAAAAGGAGCCAGGCUCAGGGUGGGAAGGUCCUACUGUGUGCUGGUUUGUUGCCACUGCAAUCCAUUAUUUUUAUUUGCUACACUGCUCAAAGAAAAUCUGAGUGGAAAAGACAGGCUUUAAUAACAGGUGCUGUGAAAGAUAACAGCCUAAGCGAGCGUUUCUGGCUGAGGCAAGAGGCAGCCUCUGGAACGCCCAGUAUCUGUGCUGUGUAGGUGCAAAGCUCCAAGCCUGGACUAGCCAGGCGUAGGUCAGGACCACUGCAGCACCAGCAAGACAGACCUGAGGAGAAACGGCUGACAAAAGCAAUGCACACCAUUCCUGCACUGCACAAAAUACAGCUGAGUCCGGCUAGGGUCAGGGUAAAAAACAAAGACUACUUUUCUGUUCCAUAAAGCACGUUUCUGCUUAUUUUAGCAUCUGUAAUGAGACGAAGGAGAAAUAAAAUGCAUGUUACGGUGCGCCUUGACAUUGCAGCAAAUACCGAAACAUUGCAGUGUACUUCGUUACAUGAGACAUUCUGUUGAUUGGCACAUUUCAGCUGUCACUAGCACAUUACACACCCUCUUCUGGGCAGAAAUGAUUUCUCACUGUCAUCCUGGUGUGUUUGCCCAUACCCAUGUGGUCCAGCUUCCCCCAGGAUGGGAAAUACGCAGGAAAAAUGACUUAACAAGUCACUACUGUUAGGAAAACACCAGCACUCUCAAAAUGUUUUAAUUAAGGUGGUCAAACUGUUUAAUUAAAACUAUUUAAAAGACCCAUUCUCAUUUCCAUUAUGGACUUUAAAAAUCUUAUGGCCUCAAAGAGUAUAAAGGGGUCCAAAAAUAGCCAUAACAUAAAUAAGAAUUAGGGAACUUAUUUUUACUGACAUUAUUUGUAGUUACUGAUCUUCUCAUGUUGGUGUAAUUAUCUGAUUCUAAAAGGCUAGCAAUUUCACUGCAUUACCCUCCAGAUCUGGUUCUCUUUCAUAAGUAGUUUAGCAGAUGCAAAAAUAAAGAAAGAAAAAAAAGAAAAGAAAAGAAAAAGAAAGCUUAAUGAUCUAAGUAAUGUAGAAAAUAAAGGCUGUUGAAAGACAAGGUUGGGCAAUUCCUGCACCAGUGAUUUGGAAUUUGUUGCCCAUCACCUCCAUCUGCUGAAAGUUGCUGCCUAUACCAGCAGAAACAGAUUAAACCCUGAAGGUACCACUGUUCCUGGACUGACAUAAUAGCUGAAACCAGAUCAACAGCAGUUUCAAAGGGCACAUUGGACUGUUAGUUGUGGUUAAGGACCCGGUUACUUUUGCCAGCUCCGCCAGCCACUUACUGUGCCGCAGGAAAAGACACGCAGCUGGGGCAAUGGCUUCUAAAACUGUACAGUCAGGAACUGCACAAACCUAUCUGUCAAUAUCCAGAUUCAUUUAGAUUUCAACAAGAUUUGGGUGUUUGAAAAUGAAAUUAUGGUUUUAUGGGAAAAAAAAUUCAGAUGCUGAUUAAAAAUGACAACACACACAUCUAACAUCCCCCUACAUCCUAAAACAGUUCUGUGUAUGUGCUUCUAGACCAACCACUACCUGAACUGCACUAAAACUGACCAGUGUUGAAAUGAGCAGGAACAUGAGCGACCACCUUUGUGUAUCCCAAACCGAAAACAUGGUCAAGUUAAUGCAGAAUAAUGUAUAGGUGUGAGCAUCAGCUAAGAAGUGAUGAACAGAGUGCCUGACCUCUACGUGUUUGCUGCCAGCUUAAUUCCAUAAAGGUAUUGCUUGGACUCAGUGAUCUUAAGGGUCUCUUCAAGUCAAAAUGGUUCUAUAAUUCUAUGAUACUGAAGGAGGUAUGUUCUGUCCCUGCUGGCCAGGACAAGCCAUGGAGCCAGUCAGAGAGAGGAGGAGUUGGUAGAGAUGCUCUGCUCAGUGUAUUUAUUCUGUUUUACAUUCUAAAGACACAGAAUUGAAAUAAGCAUUUUAGUAACUUAGCUCCAAACCAGCAUAUUGUGCAAUCUCCACCAAGAGGGUCCCCAAGCGCAGAACCGCUGUUCCACAACCAAAUGUCAGCAGAGCAGCUGAGCGACGUACAGGCCUGGAAGAGAAAGGGAGAGAGCUCUGUGCUGACCAGGGGAAAAAUAACAAAGAACCCUUCUGUGUGGUUAUUUGAUGACAUACGGUACAUAAUUUGAGCUUCCUUGUGAAUCCCUGACAAGUCAAUCUGCUACGCAGAACUGGAUCAUUAUCUCAGAUAACAUCCAAGUCCCAAUUUUUGUCAGGAUUGGUACUUCGUUAUGGUCAUUUUAGGCAGAAAUGAAGCCCGCAGCUCAGUUUGCCUCAACAUUUAAGGAGUGGUUUCAGUUGCUAAUAACUCUGUGUCACCUUGGAAAAUUAAAAUAGUACCUGUGGUUCUGAUUGUAUAUGAAACCAUAGCUAAAACAAAUUUCAUGGCACUGAUUAAGUGUUGUGUUCACCAAACUUUAGAAUCCCAUCAUGGCUCUUUCUAUAUGGGUGUUUGCGUAUGCUACACAGUGAGUAAGAAAAAUCAGAUUUCAGGUGCUUAUAAGCAUGACAAAUAGACACUGAAGUGGCCUUGAACACGGUGAUGUAGUGACAGAGAGGAAAUUGAAGUAUUCAAUAUUCUGAGGUUCCUGAGCCCUCUGCAGAUGGCUCUUGGAUGCUUGUUAGUAAUCCAGAAAUAAAAGAAAAUAAAAGAAAAUGCCUCCAGUUUUGUUGAGGUUUGUUUUGCUUGUUUUGCUUUUUGCAUUGGCAAAAUAAAUAAUUUUAAUGCAUGCGAUAUAAUGCGAAUAAUAAUACUGUAGACGCUAAAUUGCAGCUAUUACUUUAGGUGUUCAUCUCUGACCGAAAUUAAUGCAAGAUUUAGCAAGUCCAGUAAAACCCCUCCAACUUCAUGAGGUUAGUGUGCAUUUCUGUGUUAAUUAGGAGCUUUGUGAGAUUUAAUUCAAGGUUGCUGACAGAAGGCUUGUGAUCGGGACUAUUUUAAACUUGUGACUGACAGUAACAGCAGCGCCACAGCCUAUUGCCUUAGUUGGACUGUGCGUUCUGCUCAUCUUCACACCCCAACAUCUCAUUAAAUAAGACGGUGCUUAAGAACUCAUUAAAAAAUGUGCAUAUAUUUGUAUAUAUUCAUCUUUGUACAGGUCUGUGUUUUAUAAUUGAUUAUAUAAUUAAAAUGCAGAAAUCACAUUAUAUGCUUUUAUUUUUGUGCCUGUUUCCAUGUGGCAAGUAGACCUGUGUGCAGAAAUGAAUUAAUAGAUGAACAGACUACCUUAAAAUAUUUAUAUAUUAUAAAAUCCACUUAAACAUUCACUUUCAGUGAAUGAAGACAAUAUUAGCCGGUAUCUGAUAAUUAGGUACCAUUAGCACAUGCAUACAGAUAUAUUUUAAUCUGUUCUACUGUGGUGAAACUAUGAGAGUUUAAUAUUUUUAACUUAAGAGCUUCGCUGGUUUAGGUUUCAUAUACAUGCAGGUGUUACAAUUCUGAAAUAAAGUUUAACAUUAAAGUCCCAAAAUAUUGGAAUACUGAGACUUCCUCUAAUGAUUGUCAGGCACUUGUGAGCCAUAGCAAAAAUCUCUGAUCUCUUAACACAAACCUCCCUAACCUUCCAGCAAGAAUAAUUCUGUAUCUUUAAAUAAAAUAGAUUAUUAGGGUUGUAGGUCUGAUGAAACAUGUAGAGCACAUAACAGAUUAGAACAACAAAUUGGCUGUUAUUCAGUAAUAUACACAAGUGUGACCCUGAAAAGGUCAAUAGCCAAAUACUUUGUUCAAGUAGGGAAAGUUAAAUAUAGACUGUGCAAGUGUCGUUUAUAUAAAUUGGUGAUGUACAGUAGCCUUUGAAGGCCAAUAAGAGUGAAAAAGUGUAUUUAAUUAUCUAAAAUUGAAUUGACCUGUACAUGAGAAAAAUAUGAAAUAUGAACAAUGCAGCGGUUUUAUAAAAGAAAGGAAGCAGCACUUUAUAAGAUUAUUACAAUUUCUAUUGAUUUUGUGAAUAAUAGUGUCCUUGAUUAUUUUGUCUGUCUUUCCACGUAUUCAGCCAGCCCCUACAAAUGAAAUUUAAUUAUUGUUUAAACAGAAUCUGAGCAGAUCCUCAAGCGCAAUAACGCAACUAGUAAUAGCCCAACAACUGCAGGACGCAGAAUCCAGCCCAAAUUUGAUUGUGCCCCAGCAUGCUGCAAAACCGCACUUGUUACCAGACAAAGCCAAGUCAGCCAAGGGAUUAAAUCAUGUACCUGUUGCUUGAAUUCCUGUUUCUCCCUUUAAGCAAACACUCACAUAUAUCCAGUGCUUUCUGGCCAAGCCUACAGACGGUGCAGGGGCAGCGACACCCCGCUGAUGGCCAAAGCGGUAAAAUCAACUUUAUUUUGAGAUAUUCUUCAUGCUUCCCUUCAGUGGAAGUUCUUCGAAAUGUAACACUGGUGUUAAUACAACCAAAGACCAUACCCAGCCAGGACAUCUCUGUAAAGGCUGCAGAAUCGCAAACAAGAUCUGGAGUCGGGACCUGCUUUGUCAUCCGUGCCAGUCAUAGACGCCAACAUAGAAGAUUGAUAUAAAACUGCAUGAUGUGGUAUAUUUAAAAUGUACAUCAAACUACAGAAUUUAUCAGGCUGGAUUCAUCACUAAUUUUAUAAGUACAUCUUGCAUGCAGCUUAACCUUUUGAAAAUACCAGCUAUUACUGGGCCAAAACCAUCUUUUAGCUUUUGAAGGUUUUGAAAUUCAAAAUGUACUUGGCACUUCUGUUUCAAGUAAAGAUUAAAAGCUGGUAAAAAAGAGUUUCACACUGAGCUAAAACCACCCCAGAACGGUGUUAGAAAUAUGCAGAGGCUACAGGGAAUAAAAACAAAAGAAAAGACCAUUCAGCAAAGAAAGCUGCUUCCUUUUCAGGAUCAAAUGUGAUCUCAAGACCUGAAAGAAAAAAGUAAAAACUACCAGCAACCACACAGAAUGAGAAUCUGUAGCAAAAUGUAGAAGAGAAGUAUUCUUCAGCAAUAUGUAAAAGAGCAGGGAAAUACGAAUCAGGGAUGCAAUAAACCAUGGUCAGGCAUAAUCAGCUAUGACUAAAAAUUCUAAAAAUGAUACUUAGAUUGUUUAAUUUGAGGCAUUCAACCUACACACCUCAAGGGGGAAUCUGUCAGUUCCUGCCUCUGAAUCGCAUGGAACAGCUUUGUUCCCUGUUUAGGCUUCUAGACUGAGGCACCCAAGUCAGUCUCUGGGAAUCCUCACCGAGAUGGCAACUCCCAAGCUUCCUGCAGAGAUGGGGCAGGUAACUGCAAUGGGGCUGAGCAACAGAUGCUGCUGAAUCCCAAAAACAAGAGCUUAGUGUUCUCAAAUUGAAUACAUCCAAUAGUUACCAUUAAUAAAGCCUGACAGCGUGGUUUGUCUAAUAAAGCAAACAAAUUCAGGCUUGAAAAGAGAGAAUACACUGUGUAUGUUUUUAAAGGUUGGAUGGGAUAACUUGGGAGCUACAAAUUCAUUGGUCUGACGUCAAUAAUAUGUGAAUCUUUCGAAAACACUUCAAAGGAAACAAACAACUGCCCCGUACUCUCACCCAAAUGGCUUUAGCCAUGCCUGAGCACUUUCUCAAGAGAGGAAAAAGAAAAGGAAAAAAGGAAAAAGAAAACCAGAACAAGACUCUACACCUAUUUGUAGGCAAAUGAGCAUAAGCAAGGCAAACACGGAGCCAUCGUGUUCUCGGUAAUAUUCCACGUGCAGCUGUGAAUAUUUGCAUUCAUGCCAGUUGAUCUGCAGAGCUCUGAAGUGAGGGCAGGGAGUGUUGGCCACGGUACCGGAGUUAUCGACUGCUCUUCAAACACUGUAACCGAAUCCUUCGCAUCCUCCUGGACUCUACCAGGACUGAGCAGAUGGAGCCUCACUAAGCAGCUCAUUCAAACACAAAUGCAUAACAAAGUGAUAAACAUUAAGGGUUUGACAUGAUACCAAGGCAGAGGAACAAGAAUAGUUUCGCUAAAAGUGCUUCUCGCUUACAUCUUUCUGUGGUGCUUCCAGUAGAGCGAAGAGUUCAUGGCUUAAACCAGGACCAGCAGUAUGUAAUUAAGUCUGAAAUAAAUCUGGUUUACAUUAAAAAACAAUGAAAUGAAAACCAAAGAAAGGACCCUUUGUGACAGCACAGCCUGCCUCUACUUUUAUGUGACGCAUGAACUUCAAGCAGCUCUACAAUUUUCUGAGCUUUUGCAUCCUUGCAAUUAAGGCAGAACUUAUCGCGCACACCCUGCUCUAAGAGGACGCCUUCCAGCUUGUUUUGGGGGCUUUUUUGAAAGGUCUGGCACAUUUCUCUUUCAUUCCUACUCCAGCUGAAUUUUGGAUUUUUUUUUCUCAAACAAAGCUUUAGAGAACAAAUAAAGUGAGGAUGAAACAUUA